UUGUGGUAAUGAUGGGGAAUGUGGGAUAUCGAAUGUCCUAUAUGCGUCUACCGCCGCCAACCAUACUUUCGAUCAUCAGUUCAUUAGCGGUUUCUCAUUUAGUCGUAGUAGAGCGGCCGGGCAAGUCACACACAGUCCUCGUGCUUCACGAAGAUCUAGUUCCAGAAAUGACCGACGAACGGACGCCCUUGACUUCGGUUCCACCAUCUGCGUUGGAUUCCGAGUCCUCGUCCUACGUCCAUCAGCUCAAGGGCCAUGAGACGCUACGCGAACGCCAGGUGAAAAACUUCCAGUGCUGGAUUUGUACCGCCAUCUUCGGUGCCUUCAUCAUUGGAAUCAUCAUCAGCCUCAGCUACGUAAUCAUGGGCGACGCAAAACGUGGGCCGUCCAACAGCACAAACGUAACGGAAACGGCGAACUUCCCGGAUUUGCUUAAUCUGAUUAGCUUUCCACUAGCCGACGAACCCACGCCGAUGUGGGACGCCCCGAAUAUAACCGAGCAGGACGCAGCUGACGCCAUUGCCGAGGGUGAGAAAGCCCUGGGUGAUAAGGAGCUGCUGGAGGAAGCCUUGACGGCACCUCCGGUACAGUCGGCGACCUUCCGGCACCAGAGGGCAGUCAGCACAACCCUGGCUGCCCGUCUUGCCUCCAAGGUCGGCUACGUGGAGAACAAGGCCACGAACGCGAUCGCCCGGAAGCAUAACAUGAAGAAACGGCAUCGCCGUUGGAGUAUCGGUAAGGGCCCGGCCAUCAAGGUGCCGCAUCAGAACGGAACUCAACAGUGCGAUUUCAAUGCUAGGUAUCGCACCAACAACGGGACGUGCAAUAAUAAGAAGAACCCCCACACGUACGGCGUCGCCUUGAUACCGUUCCGGCGUCAACUGACUCCGGACUACGGCGAUGGAGUGUCCAGCCCUCGCGAAUCAGUUGAAGGCAAGGAACUGCCCAGCGCCCGCCAAGUGUCCCUCCAAAUUCAUCGACCAUCGUACCAUAACGACCCCAACUUCUCCGUCAUGCUCGCUGUGUGGGGUCAGUUCCUGGACCACGACAUCACGUCUACGGCCUUGAACCAGGGCGUCGGCGGCAAAGCCAUCGAAUGCUGCGACCCUGGUCAGCCUCGGCAUCCGGAAUGUUUCCCGGUCCCACUGGGGCCAGGUGACCCGUACUUCCACGACUACAACCUAACCUGCAUGAACUUCGUCCGGUCGAUCCCCGCUCCAACGGGUCACUUCGGACCACGUCAACAGCUGAAUCAGGCAACGGCGUACAUUGACGGCUCCGUAGUCUACGGAUCUGACGACGCCAAGGUCAAACGGCUACGCACGGGUCAGGACGGUAAACUUCGAAUGUACGUCACCCCGGACAACCGGGAGCUCCUUCCGAUCUCCACCGAUCCCAACGACGGCUGCAACGAAGAAGCCAUGAACGCAGCCGGCAAGUACUGUUUCGAGUCCGGUGACGAGCGGGCCAACGAGAACCUGCACCUGACGUCGAUGCACCUGAUCUGGGCCCGGCACCACAACAACCUGACCGGGGAGCUGAAGAAGGUCAACCCGGACUGGGACGACGAGCGGUUGUUCCAGGAAGCUCGCCGGAUAUUGGCCGCCCAGAUGCAGCACAUUACGUACGGGGAGUUUGUGCCGGUUAUCGUGGGUGAGGGUACGGCUGAGCGGAUGGAGCUGGCACCGAAUCCGGAGAGUGACCGGGACACGUACAACGUGUCGGUGGAUCCGUCGGUGGCGAACGUGUUUGCGGCGUCGGCGUUCCGGUUUGCGCAUACGCUGCUGCCGGUAA